UUACUAAUUACACUCAGAAAAGACGCAAUCUUUACAUAGUAAAACUAUUCUGCAUGCUUUAAAGGGUGUACAGUCAGUGUGGCUUCUGUUGUGAUUUGUGCUGUGAAAUCCUGACAUUCAGGAUUUGAAUCCAGAAUGCAGAUCUGCUUACUUUUUGUUCUGAUCAAGCUGGUGAACACUGAAGUACUCAGAAGGGAGAUGUGUACAGGUGGACAUCCUGGAAUUCCAGGAAAUCCUGGUCACAAUGGAAUACCUGGAAGGGAUGGAAGAGAUGGGUCUGUGGGCAAAAAAGGGGAUUCAGGUGACAUUGGGAAAGAUGGACCUCCAGGCCCCAUGGGACCAAAGGGUGAAGCCGGAGAACAAGGGCCCUCCGGUGUACCUGGUGCCAAAGGGAGAAGAGGUGAACAAGGAAGUAAAGGAACACCUGGAAAAAUAGGACCAAAAGGAAUUCCUGGACCAGUUGGACUCAAAGGCCAAAAGGGAGAACUAGGACUACAAGGACAGCAAGGUGUAAAAGGGGACUUAGGACCUCGAGGUCCAAAAGGGGACAAGGGGUCUAUUGGACUUCAGGGGACUAUUGGUUUGCCAGGCCCCAUUGGGCCAAAUGGUGUAAGAGGUCCCAAAGGUGAAGUAGGAAGUGAAGGCCCCAGGGGACGUCCUGGAAUUCAAGGUGAAAGAGGAGAUAAAGGGGAAAUAGGGGAGAAAGGGAACACUGGGGAGAAUGCAUUAAUAAGGAAUAGUGCAUUUAGUGUUGGCUUGACAGAAGUUUCCAAGUGGCCUCGUUCAGGCAGUCCAAUCAAAUUUGAAAAGGUCAUAUACAACAACCAAAAUCACUAUGACCUCUCCACAGGGAAAUUUACCUGUGUAUUUUCUGGUGUUUAUUAUUUUGUUUAUCAUAUCACUGUCUAUGUCAAACACGUCAGGGUUGCUUUAUAUAAGAAUGGUGCUCCAGUUCUCAAUACUUUCGAUAGCUAUCAGAAUAGUGAGGAUCAAGCUGCAGGAGGCACACUACUGCAAUUACAAAUUGGAGAUCAAGUGUGGCUUCAAGUAAUUGGUGGGGAUUCUUAUAACGGACUGUUUGCAGACAACAAUGAUGACACUGUUUUUACCGGGUUUCUGUUGUUUACUGAAUAAAGAACGAUUAAGACAUACAUUCUUCAAUGAGAGUAAGUAUUUAGAUUUGAAAAGAAUAAAGCAACCAACUUCAUAAAUAAAAAAGAUUAUCUGAUCAUUUUCUCAAUGAGACUUUGCUUUUUAGGAUAAUCAUUAUACUUCAGCUUUUACAGUGCUUUGAGCCUUCUUAAGGCCAUGAUAGUGUAAGUUUCUAUCCUUUUCAUAUCCAGUUGCUAAUGCUGAUAU